AUGUAGAAGACGACGUCGACAAAGCAAGAGAACUCUAGCGAACAUUUGGUUCAAGCGACAACUUGACAAGUGGCUAUCACGAACACGGGACAAAAUGGCUUGGUUACUCGGGAGGAACACUUGGAAAAGGCACAAUGAAUCUAUCGAGCUCGCCGCGGCUGAUGAUAGUUUCCGAUCUAGACCACACCAUGGUGGAUCAUCACGACCCGGAGAACAAGUCCCUUCUCCGCUUCAACGCAUUGUGGGCUGCCGAGUUCAGUCACGAUUCCUUGCUGGUUUUCUCGACUGGGAGGUCUCCGACCCUUUACAAAGAGUUGAGACGAGAGAAGCCAUUGCUCACUCCGGGCAUUACAAUUCUCUCGGUCGGAACGGAGAUAAUGUAUGGCGAUUCCAUGAUUCCCGAUAGUGGCUGGGAACAGGAGCUCGACAAAGGCUGGGACCGAUCGAUCGUUAUGGAAGUAGCUUCUGAGAUGCCCCAGCUCACCUUCCAGAGUGCUACAGAGCAAAGACCACAUAAAGUGAGUUUUUCAGUGGACAGGGGUCAAGCACCGGAGAUUAUGAAAAUCCUCGAUGAUCGAUUGAAAGCUCGUGGGUUGGAGGUGAAACUCAUCCACAGUGGCGGCCAGGAUUUGGAUGUUCUUCCCAUUGGAGCAAGCAAAGGCCAUGCAUUGUCCUAUCUGCUAAAGAAGUUCGAGGCCGAAGGAAAAUCUCCACUGCAAACUAUGGUUUGUGGCGAUUCCGGAAACGAUGCUGAGCUUUUUGCUGUUCCUGGAGUAUAUGGCUCAAUGGUAGGGAAUGCUAUGGAGGAGCUGAUAAAUUGGUACAAUGAAAACGCUCGUGACAAUCAAAAAAUUUUCCGAGCCACUGAGACGUGUGCGUCGGGUAUCAUCCAAGGAUUGCAGCACUUUGGCAUCGAUCCGUGCGUGUCGCCGCGAGACUUGGAGAUGGAUGGCGAUUUUGUCGCGGGUGACAAAGACGGUCAUCAGGCGAUUGCUCGCGAGAUUGUUCUACACCAGCUUCUGUGUGAAAAGUGGCUCAAGGGCGAGGUGGAGUGCAAUGACCACGUCUUUGAGAUUCUCAAGGCUCCAGUGGCUCCACAUUCUACUUUAAUUGGCGCUUGGGGUGUUGAUAUCCAGCUUGCGAAUGCAAUCGAGAUGCUUCGUCCCCUCCACGGCCUUCAUAAGGACAAGCGGUUUUGGAUCUGGGUUGAUCGAAUCCGGGUGACGAACAUUGGAAAGGACACUUGGCUUGCAAAGUUCGAUAAGUGGCAGCAUUAUGACGGAGAGCUCAACUGUCGUAUAACAACCGCUGUUUUCCAGUCCCCGGAAGGGAAGCCUUAUGCCACCGCCAUUCAGAUCCAGGAAACUUGGAAGGAAGGCUAUGCUGGCAAGCCGAUGUUGAAGAUAUGAAAUUGCGAUUUUUUAUUGGAGGACUCAAGAAUAAACAGUACAUUGUCACUAGAGCCACACAGGUAUGAUUUUGAUACUCUUCAAAUUAUUCACGUAA